GCAGAGAUGAACGUGGAUGACGACAGUGGCCUGCCAGUCAGCUGUGGCAAUGGCAAACUUAGACAGUGGCUGAUUGAUCAGAUUGACAGCAGGAGAUAUCCCGGCCUGGUUUGGGAAAAUGAUGAAAAAUCCAUCUUUAGGAUUCCUUGGAAGCAUGCAGGAAAACAAGACUAUAACAGAGAUGAGGAUGCUGCACUGUUCAAGGCAUGGGCAUUGUUUAAGGGAAAAUAUAAGGAAGGAGUUGACAAGCCGGAUCCCCCCACGUGGAAAACCAGAUUACGCUGUGCUCUUAAUAAAAGCAAUGACUUUGAUGAGUUAGUGGAAAGAAGCCAACUGGACAUCUCAGAGCCCUAUAAAGUCUACAGAAUCAUUCCAGAGGAAGCCAAAAAAGGAAUGAAGAUGAGCAGUAUGGAGGAGACACCAUCACAUGCCCUUGGCUAUAUUCCUCCAUAUACGUCUCUGCACACCCAGGUACCUGGCUAUAUGGUUUCUCAGGAGAGAAGGGACUGGAGGGAAUACUCACCACCAGAACAACAGCCUCUUCCUCCUCCACAUCACCAUGCAGAGGUGCAGUAUGGUCAGUGCCACUACCCAACGGCAUUCAGCCGGACAUGGCCUGGGUCACACGCAGAAAAUGGUUUUCAGCUCUCCUUUCAUACCUACUUGUCAGAGUCCCAACCGCCUGCGUAUGCAAUGGACCACAACAAUGCCAUAACAGAUUUCAGCCUGCAUGUGACCCUAUACUACAGAGAGUCUUUGGUAAAAGAGGUUACCAUCACUAGCCCAGAAGGUUGCCGGAUCACCUCUUCUUCGUCCUCCUCUCCAUCCUCUUCCUCCUCUUCUUCCCCGUGCCCAGAGGACAAGUUUCACAGCGGUGCAGAAGUUAUCCUUUUUCCAUUCCCGUACCCUGAGUCUCACAGGCAGGGUGCUGAGAUGCUUCCUAAUGUGCUGGAGAGAGGGGUGCUUCUGUGGCUGACACCUGACGGCUUAUAUGCUAAGCGCCUCUGCCAGGGACGAGUGUACUGGGAAGGACCUCUGGCUCCAUAUAUGGACAAACCCAACAAGCUGGAGAAGGAGCAGCCAUGCAAACUGUUUGACACCCAGCAAUUCCUUAUUGAGCUUCAAGAUUUUGCGCAUAAUGGCCGACAUUUACCGAGACACCAGGUGGUGCUAUGUUUUGGAGACGAGUACCCUGACCCGCAGAGGCCGAGGAAGAUGAUCACAGCACAGGUGGAGCCAGUGUUUGCCAGAAAACUGCUGUACUAUUACCAGCAGAACAAUGGCCACUACCUGCGAGCUUAUGAUCACAUCCAGGAACAGAACACAUCUCCAACAAUUGACUAUCCUUCCCAGAGACCUCUACAGCACAUUCAGGAGUGACAAGCAUGCACAAACACACGUGCAGAGGGCAUGAAUGUGAAUGGAAGCCACUGCCCAUUUAUCACGCAUGUGACUGCAGUGCUGUGUACUGUAAAUGUUAGAAGCUGUCAUGGUAUUGAGGGGUAGAGAUGGGGAAGACCCUGUUGUUUUCACUUGCACACCUAUGUACCGUAGUCUUUGUGUCUGUGACUGUGGAGUAAUGUUUUUUUUUUUCUCAAGUAUUAUUGUGACUGUGUGAA